AUGGCUGAGCCUAUCCGAGGAAAGCGCCCCGAGACGGCACCCACGCCGCAGAACACACCGGCCACCAACGCUCCUAUCUCUUCCCAUGCCCAGCAACCUGGUGUCGCCAGCAUCCGAGAGGAGGAUCUUGAUAAGGCGGCGGCUGCAUCCAUCUUCGCCCAGAACCCCCAGAUCGUCCAGAUGAUCCAAGGCCGCCUCGGCUCCCUGGUCGGCCGCUCAUCCGGCUAUGUCGAAUCUCUCCCUGCCCCCGUCCGCCGCCGUGUUGCCGGUCUGAAGGGAGUCCAGAAGGAGCACACCAAGCUCGAGGCUGAGAUGCAGCAGGAGGUCCUUGCACUUGAGAAGAAGUAUUUCGCCAAGUUCACCCCUCUCUACGAGCGCCGAGCCAAGAUUAUCAACGGGGGUGCCGAGCCCACCGAGGAGGAGGUCCAGGCUGCCGAAGAGGAUGAGGAUGAGGACGACGAUGAGGAGGAGAAGCCCAAGGAGGACGAGGCUUCCAAGCCCAAGAGCGACAUUCCCGAGGAUGUUGCCGGUAUCCCUGAGUUCUGGCUCUCUGCCAUGAAGAACCAGGUCUCAUUUGCCGACAUGAUCACAGAGCGUGACGAGGCUGCUCUCAAGCACCUUGUCGAUGUCCGCAUGGAGUACCUCGAUGUUCUUGGCUUCCGCCUUAUCUUCGAAUUCGCCUCCAACGAGUUCUUCACAAACAAGACUCUCACAAAGACGUAUUACUACCAGAACGAGAUGGGUUACGGUGGUGACUUCAUCUACGACCAUGCUGAGGGAUCCAAGAUUGAUUGGGUACCUGGCAAAGAUCUUACCGUUCGCAUCGAGGCCAAGAAGCAAAGAAACAAGAACACUAAGCAGACCCGUAUCGUUAAGAAGACGGUCCCCACAGACUCUUUCUUCAACUUCUUCUCGCCCCCACAGCCACCCAAUGAGGAUGAGGAUGAGGAUGUGGAUGACGUUGCUUCGGAUAUCGAGUCACGCCUUGAGAUUGAUUACCGCCUGGGUGAGGAUAUCAAGGAGAAGCUUAUUCCCCACGCCAUUGAUUGGUUCACUGGCGAGGCCUUGGCCUUUGAGGAGUACGAGGAUGAUGAGGAUCUGGAGGGAGACUUCGAGGGUGCCAGCGACUACGAGGAUGACUUGAGUGAUGACCACGAGGAUGAGGAGGAGACCGAUGAAGAGGAUGGUUCUGGAAAGCCCCGACAAGAAGCUGCCGAGUGCAAGCAGAGCUAA